AUGGCAGCAACGGCGAAGAAGGGAUUGGAGCAGUAUAUGUUGCAGCUCCAGCUCCAUCCCCUGCGCACGAAGGUCGGGGCAGGCAUUUCUCUUUUUAUUUCGUUCCCUUUCGUGUCCAUGCGAUUAGAGUUCCAUUGAGAUGUUUGCCGUCAUUCUUUCGUUCGACGGGUUGUUAGGCCAUCACCGCCGGCGUCCUGACCGGAAUCAGCGAUUCGGUGGCGCAGAAGCUCUCCGGCAUACCGAGGAUCCAGCUUAGGCGUCUCCUUCUUAAAGUGGUAUGUGAUGGGUCAUCAUCCAAAUGUCCUUCUUCUUAUUUGACGUUUCUGGAUUUCUCUUCUUCUAUGGUGAACUGUGUUUUCAAGUUUCAGAAACAGAUUGCAUGAAGAGGGGAAUCUUUCGAUCACUAACUGAUGAAACCUUCAUUGGAAUCACAGUGUGACGAUGAAAGAAAGGAUAGGCGGGAGGUAGAGCUCCCCCUCAAUAUUUGGCCUAUCGCCGACUGUUUUAGCUGCAUAUACGAUUUUAUUCAUUACCAUUUACUUGAGAGAAUGAACCUGAGGAUCCAAAUGCAAACCGGUGUACCAUGCCGUACAUUUAAACUAACCCAAAGGAAGCUGAUGUGAUCGGUCCUGAAUUAUCAAGCGAUUCAACACGACUAAGAGCCAAUUGGUGUCACCCUUCUCUUUCUCUAGAAUGUAUUUCUCGUUACAUCUAUUCAUAACAAGUUGCUCAAAGGUCCAUGUUCAUCUUUUCUUCUUUCCAUUUUGAAUGCUCGACAUGGUGAUAAAAGUAUCUGUCCGGAGAUAUGCAUUUUAAAGGUACUUUUGAAUAGAAUAUAAGCAUUUAAUAUGAAGGGAGCAAGCCCCUUGAAGCCAUCCAGUCAUCAUCACGUAUCACUAAUAUUUUCCUAUUUUAUGGCCUCGGAAAGUUUUAGUAAAGGUGCUAGAUAAUGCUGAUUUUGAGACUUCAGACCUUUUUCUAGUAACAUGAGAACGUUGACAAAAAAAAACGCUGCAGAAGCAGUCAAAUCGUCCUCUUAGUACGUGAUCUGUUAUCCUCUGUAAUAAACAACAUGGUCGUUUUGAAGAAAACAUAAAAAAUCUCAAAACGUAAAGUUCAUCUCAAUGCAUCGAUGUGUACAACACAUUAAUGCCGAGGUGAUUGAAUACCUGAUCCUGGUUGCAUGUCCUGCAAUUGAAGGACAGAACUUUUCAAAAGAUUUCCAAGCCCUAGAGUAAGAAUUUGUAUCAGUGGUCUAGCAGCUCUGAUUCUUAUACUACAUUUCUCUUUGGUUAGCUCAAAUUGAACCACUUGGUUGAACUUUCUGAAAUGCAGCUUUUUGGAUUUGCGUAUGCUGGGCCUGUUGGGCACUUUUUCCACAAGCUGAUGGAUAUCAUCUUCAAGGGGAAGAAAGAUAAGAAGACAGUAGCUAAGAAGGUUGGAAAUUCUCGGUCAUCUUCCUCAUUUAUUAUGUUAUACCUAUUGAUGUUUCCAGUCAUGUGCUACAUCGUAAUGAUAUCUUAGGUGUUGCUGGAGCAACUGACGUCAUCCCCUUGUACCCAUUUUCUGUUCCUAGUUUACUAUGGUCUGAUUAUUGAGGGUAAGCAUCAACAGUUUAUGCAGUAUCUAUCAUCAUUUGAUAUUGAAAUGUUGGCAUUGGUUUCCCAGGUUUAAAUGGAUUGGCAUGAUAUCCUUUUCUCUAACUGGUCAUUUCCAGCCUUGAGCACCUUUCUGGCCAGAUGGGAGAAGACCUCUGAUACCCACCAGUUGUCUCACGAUUUUCUCUAUCGGAGUGUUUUCUCUGCUGGCUCAGCUGGGAAAAUCUCGACCAAGUUGAACCGGGAAGCUGUUUUUAUGAUAAUUGGUAGUAAAAACCAUUUGUUAAAUCGAAAAAUGAAGAAAUAAUGUCAACGAAGGUGCUAAAUGAUCCACCCAGAAAUGGAAUGAUGAAUCUACUAUGCUUCUAAACUGCGUGCUGCUGUGUUUAUUCGACUCUCCACGAAUUUUGGAUCAUUCACUUGACUUUAGACGCUGAUGCUGAUACUGGUUUAUCUCGUGUCCAAUAUUUAGGUAGACCAUGGUCCCAGGUCAGGAACAAAGUGAGGAAGGAGUAUCCUUCGGUGCAAUUAACUGCAUGGACGGUCUGCAUAAUUAUUUUUUUAUAAAUUUUACGUUGUAUAAAUCUCCAGGUACUCUUAAUAACUAAUUUCUGUCAAAAUUAACUUGUUUCUUCUCAGUUCUGGCCAGUGGUGGGAUGGGUUAAUUACAGAUACAUGCCACUGAAGUUCCGAGUUGUCUUUCACAGCUUUGUAGCAUGUUGCUGGUACUGGGUUCAUCUUCAUCUUGGUCUUGUCUUCCUUGUCUUCGUGGUUGCUUGGAAUUGAAAUGGCCGAUGAUGGAUGAUUCUGCUUGCUCCAGGGGAAUAUUCCUGAAUCUCCGGGCUAGGACGUUGACCUUGACCAAGUGA